AUGGAGAGUAGUAACAGUAGUAGCAGUAGUAGUAACAGUAGUAACAGUAGUAGUAACUGUAGUAACUGUGGUAACAGUAGUAACAGUAGUAGUAACAUUAGUAGUGACAGUAGUAACAGUAUUAACAGUAGUAGUAACAGUAGUAACAGUAUUAACAGUAGUAACAGUAGUAGUAACAGUAGUAACAGUAGUAGUAACAGUAGUAACAGUAGUAGUAACUGUAGUAACAGUAGUAACUGUAGUAACUGUGGUAACAGUAGUAACAGUAGUAGUAACAUUAGUAGUGACAGUAGUAACAGUAUUAACAGUAGUAACUGUAGUAACAGUAGUAACAGUAGUAACAGUAGUAGUAACAGUAGUAGUAACAGUAGUAACAGUAGUAGUAACAGUAGUAGUAACAGUAGUAACAGUAGUAACUGUAGUAACUAUAGUAACAGUAGUAACAGUAGUAACUGUAGUAACAGUAGUAACAGUAGUAGUAACAGUAGUAACAGUAGUAGUAACAUUAGUAACAGUAGUAACUGUUGUAACUGUAGUAACAGUAGUAACAGUAGUAGUAACAGUAGUAACAGUAGUAACAGUAGUAGUAACAGUAAUAACAGUAGUAGUAACAGCAGUAACAGUAGUAACGGUAGUAACUACAUGUUGAUAAAGAUGCCAAGUCUUCCCCUUCAUAAAGUGGUCUAUUUUGUUCAUCUACAACUCACGGGAUAUCUAAAUCAAGCAGACAGUUGA